CAUGUUCGGAGCAUUUCGAGCUACAAAUGUGAAUCUCGGAGGCCUUUUAUGGAAAACGCCCUGGAAACUCUCUGUGACACGAAAAGCCAACGCUCGUUCCCGUCUGAAGAAGGUUGAUGCGGUUAUUGAAGCAGUCAGGUCUAGUGGGAUGGAAUGUGGUGCCCUGACUCGUGCGCUUGAGCUGCCAAAAGAGCACGAAAUGCCAGCCAAGGACAAGUAUACAGUUUUCAGCCCAAGCGCGAAAGGGUAUAGAAAAGGCAUACACAAGGUUCCCAAGUGGACACGAUUGACACUAAGAACAAACCCUAAAGGGUUCUAGCCACAUUAUACUAUUUAUUGGGUUCAACCGGAUAACGCGCUACGAAUACAUCUAGAAGAAAACAACUUGAACUUUUCCAGCCUGGAUAGCUUUCAGCACCUCUGGUCCACCCAAGACUGUCUUGAAAACUUCAUCUCUCGUUUCAGGAAUAUCGAACAGAGUCCGGUUCUUCGCAUCUCGGAAACUUGUGUCAAGAAUGAUAUGCGAGAGAGCGGAAAUUGUCAAAGCAUCUGGACGCGAGUUGUCGUUGGCCUAUUUGACAAGAAAUUUCUUUCAACUCACCUGUUUCGCACAAUAAUUUACCAAUUCUGCCUGGCGUGCCAACCGCUGCCCCCACC